AUGAAGAACCACGUGCGGUGGUUUCUUGCGCUGCUACCUUGGGUAGCAGGUGCCGUUCUCGGCCAAGACAGCACGAAUGCAGCAACUUCUCCGUUGGAGCUCAUGUCUCAGAUCCCUCAAUGCGCCGUCUCUUGUGUUACGACAGCGUUUUUCGGUUCAGGCUGCGGACUAGACAACAUCGCCUCAUGUGUUUGCACCAAUGUCACCCUCCUAGAUGGACUAUCUGGAUGCGUGCAAACAUCGUGUAGCUGGCAAGAUCAGCUGUCAUUAUCUUAUAUGACGGAUGACCUCUGCCGUCCUUACCCUCAUCCAUCUCGAGACACUGAAAUCAAGCUGGUCGUGGCGGUCUUGGCCGUGAUAACCUUUCCGAUUGUGAUAUUGAGAUUGGUUUCGAGAUGGAUUAUAGCAAGCCGCCUAGAGCUCGAUGAUUGGAUGACGAUAGUCACUGCCGCUAUACUAGCUACCACCCUUGGUUGCGUAGUUGCGACCGCCGAUCUUGGCUUCGGGCUUCAUUACUGGAACGUGAACCCGGAAAAUGCCCAGAAGAUUCUUCAACUCUACUACGCUGUUCAAAUGCUUUACGUCGUCGUCCUCAUCCUAGCAAAGCUGUCCAUCGUUGCCCUUUUCGCCCGCGUGUUCCCCGAUCGCAAGUUCCAAAUCAUCAACAAACUGGUAUUUGUAUUCCUCGUCGGCCAUGGACUGGUCUUUCUCUUUGUCAUCAUGUUCGAAUGUGCCCCCAUCGCUGGAAUCUGGGACCGAACUAUCGAGCGCAAAUGCGUCAAUGUCAACGCCGUUGCCAUGGCCAGCGCAAUUCUCAGCAUCGUUGAGGAUAUCGUCAUUUUCGCUAUGCCCAUCCAGCAGCUCAGCAGGCUCCAAUUGGGUUUCAAAAAGAAGAUUGCGGUUGGCUUCAUGCUGAGUCUUGGAUCAUUCGCAUGCAUCACUUCCAUUGUGCGAUUGCGCUGGCUCGUACUGUUUGCGGAGUCUUAUGACACCACAUGGGAUAACGUCGAUGUGGUGACAUGGAGCAUGGCCGAGAUCUCGUGCGCCUUGAUGUGCGGUAGUCUUCCUGCAUUACGACCUCUUCUCAAGAAGAUCCCGGGACUUCUCACGACUAUCCGAGGCACACGCCCGACGGUUGAAGUCAAGGAAACUUUGAACAGGGCAAGCAGCCGGCUUUCAUUCGGAGACAAGAAGCCUGUUGCUCCAGCUCCCGUCAUCACAUCACGGCCCCGAACGGUACCAUCCCCCGAGCCCUCGCCUUCAGAGGACUCAUUCAUGAUCAAGGUUCACAUUUCGGAGCAUCUCGAUCCGAGGAUGAAGCCACUGCCACCAGCGCCAUUACAGCCGCUUAGUUAUCAGCCUCCGUGGAGAGAUAGCGCCACAUUGCAGGCUCCUAGAACGCCGAUGACCCCGAUGAGCAUCAGGAGUUUCCGAAGAGAGGCAAAUGCAGAGUACGAGUUAGACUUGAGAGGGGUCGUUAAUACGAAGACCUGGAUGUAG